GGAAUAAAUAGAGGUGGCUACUUGGCUAUUUAAUUGAAAUCAAUUCAUUCAUUCACAUGCCCGUCUUCUCCAUACUUACAAACAAGAAACUAAACACAUUCACAUUACAUAGUUUUGGUUUCUCAUAUCUAUAUUUUCCCUUCAUUGUCUUUCAUCUUUGAUUCCUCCAUUCAAUAAUAUCAAGAAAAUAGUAGCAAUGCGGCCUCCUAGCCGCGUUCAUUCUUUGUUCGUUUCCUUUCUUGUUAUUUCCCUUUUGUCAUUUCAGAUCUAUGGACAAGAAGGAGAUAUCGAUGUUGAUGAUAUCAAGGGCGAUGCUAAUAAGUUGAGUUUCGAAAACCCAAAGCUUCGUGUUGCAUAUAUUGCGUUACAAACAUGGAAAGCAGCCAUGUUUUCUGACCCUUUUAACUUCACUGCAAAUUGGACAGGACCAAAUGUUUGUUCCUAUGGUGGUGUGUUUUGUGCACCAUCUUUAACCAAUGAUUCUAUUAGAGUUGUAGCUGGUAUUGAUCUUAACCAUGCCGAUAUUGCUGGUUAUUUAGUUCCAGAACUUGGUCUUCUCACAGAUCUAGUUCUUUUCCACCUCAACUCGAAUCGUUUUUGUGGUAUCGUACCUAAAACCUUUAGCCAUUUAAAGCUUCUUAGGGAGCUUGAUUUGAGCAACAAUAGGUUUGUUGGUGGGUUUCCUAAAGUGGUUCUUUCUUUGCCUUCUUUAAAGUUCUUGGAUCUAAGGUUUAAUGAUUUUGAAGGGCCUGUUCCUUCUAAACUUUUCGACAAAGAUUUGGAUGCUUUAUUCCUAAAUGAUAAUAGAUUUCGUUUUGGCAUUCCUGAGAACUUGGGCAACUCUCCUGUUUCUGUUCUUGUGUUUGCUAAUAACAAUCUUGGAGGAUGUAUUCCAGCAAGUAUCGGUAAAAUGGGCAACACUCUGAACGAGCUUAUACUGAUGAAUGAUAAUCUAACUGGUUGUUUGCCAAUGGAGAUUGGAAUGCUGAAGAAGUUGACGGUCUUUGAUGUGAGCUUUAACAAGAUUCAAGGUCCAUUGCCGUCAACAGUGAGCAGGAUGAGGAGUGUUGAGCAACUUAAUGUGGCUCACAACAAGCUCACUGGUGUUAUACCUGCUAGUAUUUGCCAACUUCCCAGGUUGCAAAACUUUACUUAUUCUUUCAAUUACUUUACUGGGGAAGCUCCAGUUUGUGCUGCAACUACAUCUGGUAGAGUCAUUGACGGUGAAGAAAAUUGCAUUGCUGGAAAGGAGGACCAAAGAUCUGCUAAAGAAUGCUCUUCUGAUGACGCAAAACCAUAUGAUUGCAGAAAAUCUCAGUGCUUUAAAGUGAAACCAAGACCAAAACCAACCCCCAAGCCAAAAAGACCACCAGUUCAAAACAAACCACCAGCACCAAAGCCAUCUACACCCUCAAGACCUGUUGCACCAAUUCAAUCUCCACCACCACCUUCUUCCAAAUCUUCCGGUUCCCAUUUUAAGCGCUCUCCGCCGCCACCUCAAUCAACUCCUCCGCCAUCACCACCACCACCUGUUUACAAUACUUCUCCGUCGCAUAAACACACAAGUCCACCACCCCCUACCCACAAAAUUUCACCUGUAACUCGUCACGCUCCACCUCCACCAAGUCCGGUAUAUUACCACCACCCAUCACCAUCACCUCCACCACCACCAGUAUAUUACGCGCCACCAACGUACAAACCUCAAUCACCACCACCAGUACAUUACGAGCCACCAACGUACACACCUCAAUCGCCACCACCACCUCCACCAGCCUACACACCUCAAUCGCCACCACCACCUCCACCAGUACAUUACGAGCCACCAACAUACACGCCUCACUCUCCACCACCACCAGUAUAUGUCACACCAUCUUCACCACCACCAGUAUAUGAGCAUCCAAAACCUCCAACUCCAACUCCAUCACCACCAGCUGGGUACACACCUCCGCAGGAGCCAUCACAUCCUGCCCCACCUACCCCACCUUGUAACGAGCCACCAACCCCACCACCUAGUACCCCACACUGGCAACCAAAACCAUCCCCACCCCCUACAUAUAACCCAUCACCAUCAUAUACCCAAAGCCCCCCGCCGCCACCUCCUACUUACACCUACUCUUCACCGCCGCCACCAUCACCAUCACCUCCCCCUCCAACUUACUACUACUCAUCACCACCGCCGCCGCCACCAUCACCCCCACCUCCAUCACCAUCACCCCCACCCCCAAGUUACGAACACAUUCCACUUCCACCCGUUGUAGGAGUCUCCUAUGCAUCUCCACCACCACCAGUCAUUCCAUACUAUUGAGCCAGGGGUUAAUUAACCAUUAGCCUCAGUUCAUUAUCUUUAAUUUUCCAUUAACAGAUGGAGAUUUGAAGGAGAAGAGUGGAAUUCUUUUUUCUUUUUUUUUUUGAUUGGGAAUUAUGUAUACUUUGUUAUUUAUUUUGUUUUUUUAAAUUAUCUUGAGUUGAUUAUAUAUUUAUGAAAAAUGGGAUGCUGGGCGGGAGUUAGCAAGGGGUUUAACGAGUAUUAUUGUUAUUCAGAAAGGGUGGUUGUGUAUAACUACAAUUUUACUGUUUUAUUUAGUAAAACUCAUUUAUUCAAUUAAUAAACAUCUUCAUACUUAUCAAGCUGUGAA